AUAAUGUAGGAGUUAACAGAACUUAAGAACUUAGUUAUACAAUCCUUAGAGGCUAAUGGAUCCUUGGCAAAGAUUAGAGCUUAAAUAAGAGCAUCUGUCUUUAAUGUAGUUGACUAGUAGGAGGGUAACAACAAAAAGCCAUCUCCAUUCUUUUGGGAAAACAAUAAAGCUUAAACAAUAUAUGAAUUGGGUUGUGGUAGAGACAUGUUAGAAUUGAUAAAAGAGUUUUUCCUCUUUUUUGAUAUGCAUUACACAAAUUCAAUAUUUUCAAGGUAUUCACUUUGAAUGAUUUUUUAGUGAAAGCAAUCUGAGAGAAGAAAUUAAUAGGGAAUAGAUUGCCAAGAAAUUAAAUAUUGAAGCCAAUGAUGCAACAAAACCAUUGCUAUUUUUCCUAUUGAAAAAUAGAAAUUCAGAAAAAUAAUCGUAAAAUUCACAUCAUAUUUAUUAUAGUGAGGAAAAAGUUCAUUAAAAAGUUGCUCAGCCAUCUCCAAAAGAAGUAUAAUUGUAGCAAUAACAAUAAUAAUAAUAAUAAAAAUAAUAAUAGGAAUAAAAAUUGUAAGAGCAGAAAAAGUAAGAUGAAUUGAGAAAACAAGAAGAACUCAAAAGACAAGAAGAAGAAAAGAGAAGGUAAUAAUAAGAUGAAUAAAGAAAACUUGAUGAAUAAAAAAAAAAAUAAGAGGAGUAAAAGAGGUUAGAAGAAUAAAAGAAGGAAUAACAACGAAAAUAAUAAGAAGAAUAAAGGAAAUAAUAGGAGGAAUUGAAAAAGCAAUAGGAACAAUAAAAACAAGAAUAAUAAAAGAAGGAAUAAGAAAAACUAAAGGAAUAGCAGAAGCAGCAAGAAUUAUUGAAAUAGUAAUAAGAAAAGUAGGAAGCAGAUUAAAAAAAGGCAUAGCAAAAGAAGGUAGAUAACAGAAAUUUCGAAGAUGAAAAAUAUGAGAAUGAAGAUUUAGAGGAGGAAUUGGAGGGAGAGGUAUAAAUAUUAUGAAUUUAGGAUCUGAGGGAUUCGCAAUUAUAAUAAGAUUAGUUUUAAGAGUCAGAUGAAUAUAUGUAGCAAUCCUAAUCAUAAGGAAUUGAUAUGACUGUUGAUUCUGCUGCUUUAGAAGAGUUUGAUUACUUUGAGGAGAUUGAAGAUAUGGAUUGAAAUUUUGAAAUGCUAAAUACAC